UGAGGAGAAUAUGAGUAGAAUAUUUGCUUUCACAAUCUUAAAACACCCAUAGUUAUUUCCAAAAUACAUCAAAUUACAUCUUUCAUAUUUGCACUUAAAUGCAUGUGAAUGUGAUUUUAAUCUGAGGUGGAAUGUAACCCAGGUGCCCUGUUGACCUCCAGCUUUAACCAGCUGUGAUUCCAGCUCCAGACUGGAGUCCAGCAGCAGCCAAAGAGACUAGUGCACUAAAUCUGGUCCACUCUGACUUUUACUGAGCUUAAAAUAAUCCACAAACAAACAAAUCAUUUAACAAGCACACAAUAGAAUAUUAGAACAACUGAACAGACACAACUGAUAUGCCGAACAGUACACAAAGGGAAAAUUACUGCAACUUUAAUCAUGUGAGACAGUGAUUAUUUUAACAAAUAUUGAUACCUGUAGAGUUUCAACAAGGGAAUAUUUUUUAUAUACGUUUACAUUUUGCAGCUUGAUGGGUUUUGUCAUAUUUUAAGAGCGAAAAGGUUUUGAAAGUGAUAAUGUAGAUGGCAAAGCAUGAAACAUUCCAGAUGUGUUUAAAAACACGUCUUUCAGUUCAGUUGUUAUUCAAAGGUGCUUUCCACUCAUUUUAAACAUAACAGAAAGUUUGUGGCAUAAACUGGAGGUGUGAUAUUAGAAAGAGGUUGGUUACCUUGACUCAUACAGAGACUAAAAGCACAAACAACCCCAGCCACUGUCUUCCAUAUUUCCUGAUUUAUUCUGUGAAUCUCAGCUUUAUAGAAGUGCAUCCUUAAACUGCUGAAGAACAUCUGUAGGUCAGUAAUGGUUCUCGUGCCACAACAAUAUUUAGGGUUCAUGGAGAGAUCGUCUUCAGUCAUCCAGCCUGUCCAACAGAAACAUCCUGGAAAACCAAAGGAGGUGGAUGAAAAGAAGGAGGAUGGGAAGCUGCAGGUGGAGCAGGAAACCACAGAUGAAGUAUUAGCAGAUCAGAAAGUGAUGGCUGGUGAAGCUCAGGACAGGAGGAACAUCUGGGAGCCGAGUGUUUACUACGCACUGGGAAAGGAGUCUUUUUAUUUUGCUGGUCACGGCAUCAGCAUCCGCGAGUCCCUGGAUACAUACGGUGCUCUGAUCUGGCCUGGGGCGAUAGCUUUGUGUCAGUUCUUGGAGAACAACCAGCAGCAAGUGAGCCUGAUGGAUAAAGCAGUGCUGGAGAUUGGAGCUGGUACCGGUCUACUCUCUAUAGUGGCCAGUCUGCUGGGUGCUUGGGUGACGGCCACCGACCUGCCGGACAUCUUGUCUAACCUGACCUUCAACCUCCUGCGGAACACCAAGGGUCGGUGCCGCUACACCCCUCAGGUGACCUCCCUCUGCUGGGGUCAGGACCUGGAGCGAGACUUCCCCUACCUGUCCUUCCACUACGAUUACGUUCUGGCAGCCGACGUGGUCUAUCACCACGACUGCCUGGAGGAACUGCUGAAAACCAUGCGUCACUUCUGCCGACCGGGAAGCCGAACGACGCUGCUGUGGGCCAACAAGAUCCGCUUCCAGUCAGACCUGAGGUUCACAGAGAGCUUCAAGAGCAGCUUCAAUGCCACGUUGCUCACUGAGCUGCCACAGCAUGAGGUGAGGAUUUACAAGGCCACAGCCAAGUGAGACAGCAGCUUUAGGACUGGGAGAUCCUGACAUGUUAAAGAUUUUGAGUUUCACUUUUGAGGAAAACAGGAAAUUACAUUUUUCCUUUUGCUGAUUUAACCCUCCUGUUGUCGUCAUUUACAGGCAACAAAAAAUAUUGUUUCCUUGUCUGAAAAAAAUCCAAAAAUUCAGCAAAAAAAUUCCCCAAAUUUCUGAACAUUAGCAAAAACCUUCAGGAAGAAAAUUCCAAUAAUUCCUUAAACGUUUCCCUUAAAAGUUUUAUUCAAAAAAUUUAAAAAUCCCACAAAAUUUGGCAAGAAAUUUCUUGUAAAUAUUUUCAAAAAAUGAGUAAAAAUCAUCCAAAAAAACCCUAAAAACAUCUAAAGUGAUUACAUAUAUAUCAGUAAAAUAAAAUAUGUUUUUUAAGAACUUUCAGAAAAAAAAUCAACCAAAAUCCAGUGAAAUUCGCUGGAUUUUGGUAGAUUUUUUUGGGAAUGUUCUUAAAAAAAAACAAAAAAACAUUGUAUUUACAUUUCUUUUUUUUCCACCAAAAAAUGUUCAAUAAUUCCCAAAAAUGUUGAAAAUGUGGAAAUUUUCCCUGUGAAAUUUUUUUUUUCAAAUUUUUAAUCUUUAAAAUGGGUCAAUUUGACCCGCAGGACGACACGAGGGUUAAGUCACGUAGGGAAAAUCCGGUUUUAAUCUGUGCUUACACAACAUUCCUGGACAGUGUCAUAAACAUUACUAAGGAAAAAAGAAGUUCCUCACUCAAGUUUCCAUUGAAUAAGCUAUUUUAUUUGCCAGUGCUUUUCAGACAUUUGAUAUUUCUGAAUGUAUUCAACUUUUGUUCACUGAUUUGUUUUUCAAAAUAAAUAAUAUAGCUGUAAACUUCU